GCGAGUUUUUUUUCACGGGAGAGGAAAUCCUAAGGAAAUGUGUGGGAUCACGCUCGGUGUUUCCAAGUAGCCAGGGCUUUAUUGAUAAACUAUUUUCAGCGUGCAACGUUAGCUCACGCACACAAACACGGGUGUGGCGACCGACAAGUAAGGGGGGGAAGAGGGGAAGCGACCGUCGUUAGGUCAAAAUGUCGAUUCAGUACGAGGUGGAACAGCUGGCUGACAGCUACGGGGUUGCGGACUCGUUCCCCAAAGAUUUCGAUUAUGGUGAAGAGGAGGCCGACAUCGAGGACAGCCCGGCGCCGUCCGACAGCAAACCGAGGAUCCUGCUCAUGGGCUUAAGGAGAAGUGGCAAAUCAUCCAUACAGAAGGUGGUGUUUCACAAAAUGUCUCCCAACGAGACCUUGUUCCUGGAGAGCACCAACAAGAUCUACAAGGACGACAUCUCCAGCAGCUCCUUUGUUAACUUCCAGAUUUGGGACUUCCCAGGUCAGGUGGACUUCUUUGACCCCACCUUCGACUACGAGAUGAUCUUCAGAGGGACGGGGGCAUUGAUAUUUGUCAUCGAUGCUCAGGAUGAUUAUGUGGAGGCCUUGGGCAGGCUUCACCUCACCGUAUCGCGGGCUUACCGGGUCAAUCCAGAGAUCAACUUCGAGGUGUUUAUCCACAAAGUGGACGGCCUCUCAGACGAUCACAAGAUCGAGACCCAGAGAGACAUCCAUCAGAGAGCCAAUGACGACCUAGCAGACGCUAGCUUAGAAAAGCUGCACCUCAGUUUUUACUUGACGAGUAUUUACGACCACUCCAUCUUUGAGGCCUUCAGCAAAGUGGUGCAGAAGCUCAUUCCUCAGCUUCCCACGCUGGAGAACCUCCUAAACAUCUUCAUUUCUAAUUCAGGUAUAGAGAAGGCCUUUCUGUUUGAUGUGGUCAGUAAGAUCUACAUCGCCACAGACAGCUCUCCUGUAGACAUGCAGUCCUAUGAACUGUGCUGUGAUAUGAUCGAUGUGGUCAUUGACGUCUCCUGCAUCUACGGUCUGAGGGAGGACGGCAGCGGCAGCGCCUACGACAAGGAGUCCAUGGCCAUCAUCAAGCUCAACAACACCACUGUGCUGUACCUGAAAGAGGUCACCAAGUUCCUGGCCCUUGUCUGCAUCCUGCGAGAAGAAAGCUUCGAGCGCAAAGGGUUAAUAGACUACAACUUCCACUGUUUCCGGAAGGCCAUACAUGAAGUAUUUGAGGUAGGUGUUUCCACCCAGCGUCCAGCGGGCUCCAAGGCGGUUGGCUCGCCCUGCAGCAAGGCUGUCGCACUGAAUGGCACGCCGCGCAAUACUGUCUAGACACUGAUGCAAAACAAAAAGACGCAAAAAGAGGGUAGAGGAAAAGAAAGAUGGAGAAGGGCUAGAGAGCCUUUAGAGGAGAGACUGCUAAACCCACCGGCGCGCCAAUCACAAUCCCUCGCUCCCACCACUCAAAGUACUGUGAGACGGCCUGAGCCAAGUGUGUGUGAGACUGCACUGGAGCGUGGGGGUGGGGGGUGGGGGGGGUCAGGCUUCUCAAGCUGGGAUGGAAGGGAAAUUCAAGUGUUCGUUACAGGCGAUUGCAACGCACCGUGUUGGCUGUGAGGAAGUCAAAGAGAGUAAAACUGCACCUGGAUUGGAAAAAAUGUUCAGGAUCUUUCUUUGGAUUUUUCUUAAAGCGGUCAAAGGCUGUGAUAAUUAGCUGCUGGUCCCUCCAAAUAAACAGUGUGAGGAGGGAACACAAACACUUGUCGUAACCCUCUCGCUCAUGGACGAAUUGUGAUGUCAGUUUUACAGGAAUCUUGUCUAGUGAUGAACCCACCCCGACCACUUCUGUGCUGAUUAAAAAAAGAAAAAAAAAAGAUGGUGGAUGUGAACUGCUAGUCCUAACCCUCACACGUUCAGAGAUGGCCUUAUGUAGAUGAAGCUUGUCUGCAGUGCAAGCUCCCUCUCACCACCACUCACCUCACCUUACCUGAAUGCUGCCCAAAACUCGCUUUUUGGUUUCACUUGUGAAGGGAAAACAACGUUUUGUGAGCAGACCGAAAAGGGAUUGUGCUGUCCAUCUGACUUGGUCUUGUGUGUGUGUGUGUGUGUGUGUGUGUGUGUGUGUCUGUGUGCGCGAGUGUGUAUGCAGGUAUAAAUGUUGUGUGUGUGUGUGUAGGUUUAGGUGUAUAUGUAUGUAUGAGUGGGUGUGUUUGUGUCAAUGAGAGGUUUUGAUUGGAUCCCAGACUGGGACCUUUACAGAAAGAGUUGAUGUCCUUCUUCUAAAUAACAGCAGCUUAGCAUAAUUAAACUCUUUUCAAUCAGUGAAAGUAACCUUUCUGUGUGUGCUCCACUGAAAAUCACACUUUUGAUUGACUUCAUGAUAAGUUGUAAAAUAAGUUUGUUGGUAUUGGAUAUAUUCUUUACAAAAGCACUGCCAAAAUGGUUGAAUGACUCAGAUACAGUAAAACAAAGAAAAUGUCAUGAUUAAAACUUUAUUUGUUGCCAUCUGAGAAAGAAAUUCAUUAGGUUGAGAUGAACGACUGAUGGAGAGGUUCACACUCCACAUUGGCUGUCUGAGACAUUUUGGGAUGAUUAUAUAAUCUGAUUUAAUGAUGCAUGAUUUUCCACCUACAGUUUCAGUCCUGCUGAAAAUUUUUAGUUUUGGUUUUAGUUUGGCUCUGUUCAGCAGGAUUCACAAAAACAAAAUGUGUCCAUUCCAAGCAUGCAUACAUCAGUGUGAUGUCAAAUUGUUUCGUUCUCAAUCAUAACAUUGCUCAUUGCAUUUAAAAGGUAAGAAAAUUAAACUAACCCAGAUGAUUAAACAGAUAAACAAGGAGGAAAAAAAGACCAAAUUUUAUUACUUUUACAGUUACAAUGACACACAACAUGUUCAUGUCUGUUUGUUUAUGUCAGGAGGGAGAUAUGGCAACUACCUGACUCAUGAAGCAGGAUUACAGCGUUAUCUUGAGACAUUUGCUGAGUUAAGUGCCUGUGAAACCUGUUUUUGGAUCUUACUCAGCAAAGUUUUAUUCCGGUUGCACGGUGAACUUGCUUCUUGAAACAGGCCCGAGAUCUUCUCGACCCAGACGUUAUCAGUCACCUGAAAAUAAACACUUGCACAUCAGAACUGUGAUGGAUGAUUGAUUUCAUGUAUUGUGAUGCUAUACUAUGUGAAAUAAAUGACAAUUUAAAUUUU